UAAAAACGCUUUGGUGUUUAACCACGUCACUUCUCUCUCUCCAGUCUCCAUUGAAGUUUGCAUCGGCGAGCUCGAAUAAUCAUCAAAAACACAGAAGCAAUCAUGCCGGAAAUAAACCAAAACGGCGCCGUUAAGUUCUUGUUUACACUUGCUUUUCUCACUGCUACCGCCGUUUCUCUUCCUUCUUCGCCGGAUCGAUUCCUCAGAUCGGCUUCGACUUAUCUCCGGUUACCGGACGAGCCUCAGGAGUACGAGGAGCUCAGGCAGCCCCUACCGUCCGAUCAGCUAACGCCGUCAUGCUCCCAUGUCCUCCUCCGCCACUCAUUUGCCAACACCAUCAAUAGACCUCCUUUUACCACUCCAUACAGUCCACCUUCCAGCUGUACAUCGCCGCCGUGGUCUUUCGUUGUACUUGACCUACGCGCCGCCUCGAGUGGUGAUCAGUACGAUCGUAUCUCCGGUUUGUGGCUCGGCGGAGUGGAGCUACUUCGCACCAGUACGGCGGAGCCGAGUCCAUCCGGAAUCUUCUGGAAUGUUCGGAAAGACGUCUCUAGGUAUUCCUCGCUCUUUAUGAGAUCCGAUUUAAAUGUCACAAUGAUGCUCGAGAACAUAGUCAACGAUGUUUACACAGGCAUCUAUCAUAUAAAUGUCACCCUCAUCUUCUACGAAUUCAAUCAUAUUGCGUCAAAUUUGAAGAUUAAUAACAGAUUAGGCUUUGUGGAAUCCCAGAGAAGAGAUCAAACCCCUGCGGAUUUGAUAAUCCCGAUAGGUGCCGGAGGGAACAGAGGGUUUUGGUUCAUGAUCGAGAACCCUACAGAAACUUACUCAAAACGAAUUCAAAUUCCGUCCAACACUCGUCAGAUCGUGCUGGAACUAUAUGUAUCGUUCCAUGGAAACGAUGAGUUCUGGUAUUCAAACCCGCCAAAUUCUUACAUCAAAACGAACAAUCUAGCAACCGGGCGUGGCAAUGGUGCGUACCGGGAAGUUUUUGUUAAGAUAGACGGGAGAUAUGUGGGAUCCGAGGUGCCAUUCCCCGUGAUCUUUACAGGCGGAAUCAAUCCCUUGUUCUGGGAACCAGUUGUUGCAAUCGGUGCAUUCAAUCUACCUUCCUACGAUAUGGACUUGACUCCAUUUCUCGGGUUGCUUUUAGAUGGAAAGUCUCAUGAGUUUGCGUUUGGGGUCAACGAUGGGAUAUCAUACUGGCUUGUGGACGCAAAUUUGCACCUCUGGUUAGAUCACGGGUCUUCGAAUGUUGAAGCUGGGUCUAGACUUUACGAUAGCCCGAGUCGACAUAUGGAGAGACAAGAAAAGUUUGAACAGCUUGAUGGGUCGUUUAGGGUUGAAGCAGAGGUAAUUAGUGAAUAUGAUGGCUGGGUUAGAUCAUGUAAAGGUAAUCUGACCACUAUGGUCAAGAGCAUGUUCAAGGUUGACAGCUUGGUGAGGUUCGAGAAAAACGGAACAUACAAGAGGGUUGAGCAGAGGGUGAAGACAGAACGGAUCGUGGAGGUGACUUCAGAAUCCGGUAAACCAGUGAAUCGAUUUGUGCACCAGCGGACAUAUCCUCUCACAGUGAUCACUUCUACUUUUAGAGGGUUAACCAAGGAUACAUAUAUGCUCGUGACGAAUGUUUCACACGCCUUGAAUGAAACACAUUCAGAUGGAGAGGCUUCGACCCAAGUUUACAAUAGACAAGACUCAGAGGGUUGGAUGGAGGUUGAAGAUCACAAUGUCUUGGCCGGUGAAGCGAGCACAAGACAGAGUCUUAGCUACAUCGAUGAGUUCAGCUGUUAUUCCCACACCAUCGAUGCGGCCAAUGGCGAGAUUACCCAGGACAGUUCAUCCGAUUCUUGCACUUCGUCUUCAUCCUCAGAGCUCAACACAUUGAGUUGAGCAGCUUAUCAUAACCGAUGUGAAAUCAAGAUGAAACACUUGUCUUGAAUAAGUGAUGCUUGUACUACUAACCAUAUUCGGGGUCAAACAAAAAAACUGUUUUUGCUCAAAGGGUAACAAAAUUGUAGGAUCUAAAGCAGAAACAGCAGUUACAAUUCUUUUGCUUUUGUUCA